AUGGCAAUCGCGGUACUCUUCCUCCCCGAGGCUUCAGACUAUAUCGCCCCAGAUGGACAGACAUCGCUGCAACUUGCAGAGCCACAGUCGACAUCUCCCUUCGUGAAGGGUCUCCAGGAGGCAGCUCGUGAGCACAGCGUCGCUAUUCAUGUGGGUAUUCACCAUCGUGAAGAGGGCCAAGACCAGUCAAAGAGGAUUCUCAACCGUGCGUUGUACAUCACUGCCAACGGAGAUAUCAACGACGCAACAACAUAUGAUAAGCUCCAUGUGUUUGACUAUGGCAGUCUAAAGGAGAGUGCAACAGUGCAGCCUGGAAUAAGCCUGACAGCACCGUUUGACUCCCCCAUAGGCCGCAUCGGGAGCCUCAUCUGCUUUGACUUGCGAUUCCCCGAGGCAGGAUUGGCACUCGCACAGCCAGGACCUCACAGCGCAUGGAAGAACAAGCCAGCGCAGAUCAUCACAUACCCAAGUGCAUUCACCCUUCGAACAGGUGCAGCACACUGGGAGACUCUUCUCCGAUCCAGGGCCAUUGAGACACAGAGCUAUGUAAUUGCAGCAGCACAAGUUGGACGACAUAACGAGAAGCGAGCUAGUUGGGGACAGAGUAUUGUCGCUGAUCCAUGGGGGAAUGUAGUCCUGAAGUUGCAGGGCGUGAAAGAGGGAGAGCCUCAGGGGACUGCUGAGGAUGGCGCGGAGGGUGAAAUAGGGUUUGUUGAUAUUGACCUUGAGCAUUUGGAGAAGGUUAGGAGGGAGAUGCCUCUUCAGAGGCGAAUGUGA